ACAUAUAAAUUAUUUGUCGAAAAAGAAUAUAGACUGAAAUCACUGCUUUUUUUCAUUGUAAACCAAGAUUAAAUAAGUGAUAUCGCGAUUAUGAAUAAGCAAUCAAAAAGCAAGAAUUGAUGAGGCCACGACUGUUAAAAGGAGUCAACCAAAAUUAGCAAUUGUAUGCGUUUGCAAACUGUAUAACGAGGCAUUGCCGCAAAAAGAUUACCACGUAUUAUAUACGCCUUCAAAAUAAAAAAGGGAAUAUCGGGAAUUGUGCAUUCUUUAUAUAAGCAAUGCUGUGCUAAAUAGGUUUUCCCUGGAGCAUGCAGUAGUCGGGUUUAUGCAGAAUAAUCAAGAAGUGUUAACAAAAGUGGCAGCAGUUUAAAUUCCUUGUAUAGAGCAUAGCACCAUAAUGUCCCGACCGGAUUAUGAACAAACAAUACUGCAUCACAGUCAUUUUCUGGUAUUGCUUCGAGGUGUAGGUGCUGCAAAGCCAAGAUCGCUCCAGAAGGCCUUCGAUAAAGUACGGCGAGUGAACAAUGUUAAAGUUCAAGACUCCAGCGGAAUAAUGCGUGACAUUUGGGUGCGUUAUGUUCAUGACUACCCGGUGGAGAACAAUGACUGGGGAGAUUUUCAAACGCAUAGACGUCUUUUGGGCCUAAUCACUAUCGGCAAGUUCGAUAAUCAAACAGAACUUAAUGAAUUAUGUCGCCAGCAUGAAUCGCUUAAAGUUCGUUAUGGCAGCACUCUCUACGAUUCCCGCGCUAUUUUCUUUGGGCCAUCCAAAUCGGAAGAAUGUGAACAGCCAACAAACCACUUGGAUGUUAGAGAAGACUGUUCACACUUGCAUACCAUCAAAGAAAAUACAACCACAGAAACAACGGCUAUAUGCUCUAAACGUCUUCAAGAUGAGUUUUCAACUCCGUCCAAUUUCAAAGCUCAAGCUUUCUUUUAUAGGGAAAAUGAUUUGUGUCCCGAUUUAGAGCAGCACAUGGCAGAUUUUGUAAAUGCUCUCUUUUGGGUAUUAGAAUCGCGUCGAUUGGAACGGUCGAGAGAAAAAAUGGAAAAGUGGACACUACUUAUUGCUCCAAUUGAGAGAAAAGAUUUUGUUGGCCUCGAUAUGGAAUCAAGAAACAACCGGAAACGUGUCGGUGGCAGAGUAACUAAGAAUCUGGCUGACUUGUCUCUGCAAGCAGGAUUAAUAAGCGAAGCUUUGAGUUUAUAUCACAGCGCCUGUGACACACUAAGGUCCAUUAACGAUAUUUUGUGGUUGGGGGCGGCAGAAGAGGGAUUAUGCUCUGCUUCAGCCUGUCUUAUCUAUCCUCAUUUGAAGGUUGAUGAAACCUUGCACCGCAAUGCCUCCUUGCAAGAAGGUUCACCACUUAAAGGCACUCCUGACAAGUGGAGACAAAGCGAGAUAACAAAACGUUUCAAUUCCAAUGAAAAACAAAACCAGGAAGGAGCACAUUCAGAAUCCACGGCAACUACCCCACCACAAGCUCCACCACAUUCCUCUUCCACAUCCUCCGUCUCCUCUAUGCUAACCAACUCUACUUUGUCGCAAGCAUCGACCAAUUCAACUUCUUCUUCGUCGUCAUCUACUCUAUCCGCAGGCAGCCAUCGCCAGCAUUCGGAAAUGCCUGGAAAUAUACUGAAACCCGACGAAAUCCUAAAUUACUUCAAAAAUGCCAUUAUUAAAUAUAGCAAGUACACCAAUGCUGCCAUAAUUGAAAUUGAGUCGGCCUUCAAAGCUUCCCGCAUUAUGAUUGAACAGAAUCGACCCCUUGAUGUAGCAAUGUUUUUACAAAAUAUUUUGUAUGUUAACCAUUCAAUGACGGAAACCGAUCGCAUUAAAAGUUUUGAAAUGAUGACCUCCCUAUACCUUCAAAUCGGCUAUCGUCGCAAGGCGGCCUUUUUUCAACGCUUGGCUGCUUUGAAACAUGUUCAUCAAAAUUCCUCAAAUCCCGACUGGUCUCAGACCUACAAACUAAUGCUUUCAAGUUUUCCAGGUUAUAUGUUGUCCUUGGAUCCAUUAGAGGUUUUAGAAUAUAAUUCAGGAUGGCCUUCAUUACAAGUCGAUGUACUGCAAUCGCUUAUAAUGGCAGCCAAACGACUGGGCCACUCCACUUUAGCCACACGACAUAUGACUUUUUUAUUACAAACUCAAUGGCAUAAUAUGACGCUGAUGGAACAAAGUGAAAUGGCUGUGCAAUUAUUGAACCUAAGUGCCCAGUGUGAAGGUUCUCCAGUACCAUUGGUUUUGGAAAACGGAACUGUUAUACCUCCCGCUAACCUUACAGAUUUGCCGUUUUGUUUGGAUAUUGCUGUAAAGGAUUUGCCUGCUCAUUUAAAACCACAACGCAUUAAAAUAGCGAAAGCUGAUAAUGGACCUUUUCUGUUUACACCCUUACAGUUCAAUUCAAUUGAUAGAAGGGACAAAAAGAAGGAUAAAAACAAAAUUCCUUUCUUUUGGGUACAAAACAACAUAAGUGAAGUAGCUGUGAGACUACGGAAUCCUUUGCCUUUUGACUUAACUGUCAGCGAUAUGCGUUUGUUAACAAAUGGAAUUGUCUUUAAGUCAUUACCACAAACUGUCACAUUACAACCGAAUAUCUCGACCCUUAUAAUACUACAUGGAACUCCCAUAGAAAUUGGUCAAUUGGAAAUCCAAGGAUACAGUACGCACACAUUAGGUGUAAAAUCAAAUUGUCGCAUGAAACACAUGAGAGGGAGAAAAUUUCCCCAAAAUUUUUUGGUUGAUAUUGUACCGGCUUUGCCAAUGAUAAGUGUUAAAACUUCUUUGCCGCAAACAGCAACAUUUAGUAACAUGGCCGGAGCUGAUACUGUGGUAACCACAGCAAGUCUGACUCUUUACAAUGGCGAAUCUUCAAUGUGUGUGAUAACAAUAACCAAUAAUAGUGAUAUACCGGUGGAGCAUUUAGAGGUAUCUAUAACAUCAAACGUAGAUCAAGACAUACAGAAGAAGGUAUUUCAAAUUGCGGAUGAUUUGCAAGAAAAAUUGCCUAUUGCCCCCCAUGAUAGCAUAGAUUUUAAAAUCAAUAUAUUUGCGGAAGCAGACUUUAUAUGUCCCCUUGUUAAUCAAAAUGUUGCAGCGGCAUCCUUACAUUCCAAUAGCACCUUAACUCAAAAUCCCUAUGACCAAAAUCACUCGCUACAGUAUUCAUCAAACCUCUCAACAUCUGGUCAUGCAAGCUUAUCGUCGCGUGUUGGCGCAACGACUCGACGCAGUGACACUGCAUACAGCAGCUUUCGUUCAACUACAUCCACAUCAACUGCUCAACAUUCGCUAGCUGCCUUAAGUUUAACCACUGCAGAUGUAAACUCCAUGAAUCAAGCCCAACAUAUUGAUGCUCAAAUCCGUAUCAAAUAUUCGGGGGGUGAUGCAAUGCAAGAGGGAUACUGUCGUCAGUGUGCAGUCUAUUUUAAACUAGAAUGUAUACAAAGUGCUCAAGUUACAAGUUGGGAUGUCUUGCCGGCCGAAGUACCUUCUCAAUUCUAUUUGGUAUUGGAUAUCACGAAUUUAACUGCUCAAGAAAUGACGCUCAACUAUACAAACAACAAAAAUAUAUCGAUGGAGGCCAAUGAAAGUUGUCGUGUUCCAAUACCAGUGGAUCGCUGUUCCGUGGAAGAAGUAUGGGCAGCAAGAGAAGCUGAGAUAGCCGAAAAUUUAGAAAAAGAACUAUGUUUUCGUACGGAAAUGGGUUCCUUCAAUGACUCUGUUAGUCGGCUUUGUUCAAAGCAUAUUGCGGAAAGAGUUAACAUUAAAUGGUCACUUAGCGGAACUGAUAUACAAGGUAUUGCUUCUCUGAAAGGCAUCGUUUUAACGCCAGUAAUGAUAGAUUUGUGUACCGUAUCACCAUUGGAAUGGAAUAUUUCAUUUAAAAAUCAACCAGUGCAACCCCAAUCCGAGGUGGUAUGUACUGCCGGACAAAGCUCUAUACUCAGCAUUAGUGUGUGCAAUCAAUCGGUGCAGCCUUUAACCAAUUUAAUACUCACAAUAAAAUUCUAUCAGGAUUAUUUAAAUGGCACUGAAAAUUAUAAUCUUGAAACUAGAGUUGCUAUUUCAGGACCUAAUCGAAUACGUAUACCCAUAUUGCGAAAGGAUGAAGCCGCCAAUCACGAAUGUACCGUUUUAUUUUUUACACCUGGACGUUUCAAAACCAGUAUACAGUGUCAUGCCAAACCCCAGCAACAAUCAACAUCUCCCGCCAAUGCCUCUUUACUUUCACGAUCCUGCCCUGUGCCAUUGUCAGCAGAUAAGGAUCCAAGUUUACAAAUCACAUUGAACGAUAUAACAGUUGGUGCUCAAAGCUACCAUGAACAACAAGAGCACAUUUGGAAGUUUAUACCACCCAUUGAGGUGACUGUUGUUGAACAACAAUAAAAAAAAAGUAACGAUAAAAAUUCAACUAAAUUAUUACUCAUGUUAUUAAUUACAAGCCUAUAAUUUUCUUUACAUCCCCUCUCGCCUCCUAGUACCCAAGGUCCUAUGUAUUUAUUAGUAAGUUGUAUAAUGAAUAAUUAUAACCUAUGUAUAUAUUAUAAUUUACAUUUCUUUCGGUUUGAUUUAGUUAAAUAUUAAAAAAAUAUAUAUCAUAUUUUUGUAACUAGUUUUGUUGUAUUAUUAUUAUUCGUGCAUCUAUUCUAUACUAUAUACUUGCAUAUAUAUACUCAUUUCUCUAUUAACAUGGAGUGACUUUGAUAGAAAGAAAAAAAAAAACAAACCAAUUUAUAAAAGUAUAUCAAGAAACUUGAUCGAUUGUUAUGUGCUAUUAUAGGUGUGUAUCGAGAUUUUCUUUAGUUUUCCUUUUUUAAAAGGCAAUAAUAAUUAUUGUAUUAGUGCAGUUUUCCAUUGAUGUUUAGUAUUUGGAAGCAAAGUAAAUUUUUUUAUAUUGAAAUUGAUUUCUAUAAAAUAUUUUUUACGUUUAUCCAAAGGCAAGCAAUUGUUACUUGAAAUUAUAACAACUAUAUAAUCUUAUAUACAUAUUUUUAUUGUAAUAAAGCAAUCAAUCAAUUAUAAAUAUGUGUUUGCAUAAUUUAUUAUACAAAAAUAAAAGUAAUGAAAUGAAUGAAUCACCGCUUAAUGUUUUAAUGUAUCAGGCGAU